AUGGCCGAGGGAAAGGGCCAGAAGAAGGGCAAAUCCCCGAAGCCUGGAGCCAAGGUGAAGCAAAAAAUUAUUUCACAUUACUCAUCUUAUUCUAGCCAGAAUCGCCACUAGUAAAGCUACUAAGGGCCUGCCUGAAGGAAUAUGACGCCAAGUGCAUUCAGUUUGAAUGCUCCCCAUGUACGACCAUUCGUGACGCUUUUCGAUCUGGAAUCGACGAAGAGAAGCCCAUAUUGAGUGUAUGUUGGUGGACUCUAGCAUCUUAACUUUAUUAUCUGGAAUGUUCUGUACAGUUUGUGAUGGAUCCCAAGGACCGCCGGAAAGUUGAAUACUGGAAUGACAAAAAAUUUACAAAGUACUUUGAGGAGGGCGGCGAAGAGGGUCUCGCCUCAAAAAAGAAAAAGAAGAAAAAGAAAGCUUCGAAACCUGAAAAGCCACUAGUCAGGCUCCUACCCUUCAUUGACACCCUUCGAAAUCAUCGUUAUUGCCAAAUCAAAGAGUUAUUUGUGUGGGAUGUUUACGUAGACCAUAGCGACAUGAUGUGUCUGGUAAUCUCGCAUGCCAGUGAAACAAGUGAGACUCUUUCAGGCAAGUAUGCUUCUCAAGGGUUGCUAUGACCUUGAGCUGAUUGAACUGGUGGACUGUUUUAUCAAUCAGAAGGCGCUGGAUGUAUUUGCCCCAAGUGUCAACCAUACGCGGACUCUGUCAGACUUGAUUUUGGACUUUAAUGAGUAGACAGUAUUAAAAAGCAGAUUACACGCCUUUUCAGGUUUGGUGACAGUGGCUGUAACGUGUUGUGUGAAGGCCUGGCUAACUGCCACUGGCUUAUUCGCCUUAGCCUUUGUUUCUGUGAUUUGCACAAACAGAGCGGAAUAUGGCUGGGAAAUUUGAUUGCUGAGACCUCGAUCAGGUGAGUCAGAGAAGCUUUUCACCGAAAAUAACAAAAUACUUUGGGCAGUACUACAGACAUGCAUCUCCGAACAGAGCUUAGUUUUGGAAUUGAAAGCGGUUGUUUGAAGGCACAGGAAAACUCAACUGCAAUGAAAGUUGCAUAAUUUGCAACCGCAAUCUGUCCAAACGCACGUACUGCAUACUAACUAACUUCUGCUUGACUCCCCAAAGUAGCCGCAAUGGCUUCUUUUCCACCAAAUUUGUAUCCUUUUUCCGUCAUAACAACCCCUUUUGAUAGUGCUCCCAUUCGGGCUGAUUGGCCUCAUUAUAUCGAUGUAUUCACUUAAGUAGAUUUUGGACUUUUUGAAAAUUUAGACCGUUGUUAUUUUUGAGGUUGCGGUAAUCACUGAGUAUUGCGGGUAAGGAUAAACAUCUUUCAAAACCAUCCGACAAAAGACUACGUCCGAUAUCAAGUAACUACUUGAAUAGUUUGGGUUCGUUUCAUUGAUUUUCCGUGCCGCCUUUCUAGUUUUUCACUUUUUCCUGCUGUAAGAGACUUGACUUAAUGAUUGUGAUGGUUAAGGUACGACUACUGCCUUAGCUACCGCUCUCUUAUCUCUCCUGCCGGGCCGCUUAAACACAAGGUCCGGUCAUGCAACUGGACUCUGGUUUUGCUCUCCCAGAGCUGUAUACGCAGUCAACUACCAGGACAGACACGCUCUUCUGGGCCCAAGUUGACGCUGUCAGCACAUGCCCUGGCGGCGACUGUUGAUCACUAUCACGGUUGGGUGACUUUUACAGAAUAAUUCACUCAUUUUGGUGUCCACGUCUUUCCUCCCAACAUGAGACUCGAGUUGCUGAUUGCGGUGAUUAUGGUGAAUAUAGUGACGCAAUAUAGGGCAAUGGAGUAGAAUUAGACGUUAACUUGUGAUUUUGAAAUUGAGGGUUCGUGUCACAAGUUUAUAGAGCCUUACGUACUGUUUGACAAAUGUCUACGACGGUUCCUUUGUCACCUGUUGGGAUUUAUAGCAUCGUAGGGGGGAGCGUUACGGUUGACAUUAUGAUAGACCAACGGCUGGGGUUGGCGUUAACUGUAGCCCAGGGGUUUGGGCUAGGAUUAAGCGACCAAGGAUGAGGUUGUCGAGAAUAUCAAGGUUAUGAUUGCGGUUUUGCUGGAAGCGAAUCUAGCCCUAGCCAUAUCCCAAGCGAAUGGCAUUUAUCUCCUAAUCCUGCCGCCAAUGAUAAUGACUCACUCUUAACCAUAACCUUAGUCUUAAAUUUUAACCUUAUUUCUAAUCAUGACAAUCAAGUCAGUUUUUGUCCGUAAAUCUUACUGCAACUACAACCUUAACCCCAAAGCUAUCCGCAAUCUUAGCCCUAGCCUAUAUAUCAACCCAGCUCCGAUCCUAACCAUAGGCUCAACCCUAAUCCCUGAUAGUAGGUCUAGCAUAAAGCUAUCUUUUACGCGAGACUCGCAGGAAGUUUGGAGGAAAAGCCUAGUUGGAAUAAAGUGUGAGCAAGUUGCCAGAAGGCACGCAAAGCGGCUUCUUACUGGGCACGUUAAACGGACGGAGACAUCUUAAAGUAUACCUUUGGUUCGAAUUUUUGAUAAAAAAAUAACAGCGAUGUACUUAUCUUUGUCUAACCGCUUCCGAGUUUGACUACGCUCCUUCUAAAUGACCAAUAAAUUCAUACACGAUGGAAAACACUGACGCGUAUAUUUUAAUAACCCACACAGGCAGACUUUUCUCAAGCUUGUUUCCUUAUUCCCUUUAUUUGAUACGGGGGUCCAUUCCAAUUUACCGGAUGUACUUUUCUUGCAGAUCCUUAGUCUAGCAUUUCAGAUUUCGGAAAACCACUGGUGAUUUCACAAGUGGUUUGGAUGCGCGAUUACGACGAUCAUAGUCCUUCCUCCAUCAAUUCUGCAACGACUUUUCGGAAACAUACUUAUUACACUCGACGCCGCGGAUAGAACCACCCUUCCUAUCGUCUACUUCUUAGCAAUGCAUAAGUUAGCUUGAAUGAGCUCCUUCUUGUUCAUACUGGUCAGUGGACUGUGAUCACCAGGGUAAUCCAUUCUUUUUUCUUCCGAUGACAGGGAGUUAUUCCUCGAUGGAAACCACCUCGAGGCAGAGGGUGCGAUCGCCCUCUUAACGCAGAUCUCAGAGGCCGCAGUCAAUGAGGGCAUUGAGAGAGAACGAGCGGCACAACUUAAACUCGAGCAAGCGGAGGCAGCAAAGAACGGUAAGACUGAACCGCCCUUGCGAAUGAAAACCUCGGACGUUUUGUGGAUUGUACGAUUCUUUACUAAUUUGGUGCGCUAGCCUUUGACGAAUACCCGUUGUCUAGUAUGAUCAGGCUUCAGGUUCUCCCCUACUCGCUCACCCGCACGCGUCAGGGUUUGCACGAUCUUUAUGUCCAGUCACCGUAACCAUUAUUGUGGCUCUCGUGUACAUCAGGAUAUGCGAACCAGAGAGGCUGGCUGUUCAGCCAGCGGCCGGGCCUAUGUGUUAAUUCCUGUAUGCGUUUGCUACCAGUUGCUUGUGUACUUUGAUAAAAAAAAACUAUCCACUCGAAUUUGUUUUAUUAGAUGACGGCUUCGAAGAGCCCAGUUGUCAUAAACCGUAUACAUCUCUAAAGCCAUCACGAACUCAUUUUUGCAGCCCAAUAGGGUCCUUCAAAUGUAUGCAUGAGGUGCGGGUUUUUGUACUUGGCGCACGAGGUCUCAAUUUAGUGAUAUUCGAACCAGCGGGGGCCAUGCUGAAGUUAGACACACAUCUUGGAUUUGAGGGAAACUUAAAUAGGGUCUCAACGAAAAGAAAUUACAUGAUAUUUACAUCAAACCGUUCCGCAGCCACAAGGAAGAGGUACGACCUGGAUGGCGGAGGAGAGGCUACAACUCCAUCAUCUGCUCCCGACAACGGACAGCCAACUCCAAAUGCACAAGUUACGGCAGCUGAGAACCAAUCAGCUUUUGUCUUGGGCAGUGAAAGUGAAUUCGGCACCAACACGAAUGCCAAAAAGGGUAAGGACGACGACUCUGCCUUCCUAACCUCGUCGGGUUUUGAUACUGAUGAUUCAAGUUCGCGUAAGCCAAGAACGGCGUCAAGAAAGAAGUCCAAAGGUAAGUCGAAGACCGUCUGGUUUGAACUUCUAUGUGGACUUAUUGACAUCCGAGUGUAUUACAAAAAUUGUCCUACUUAGUAGGCGACCAUCUCGUUCCUCCAUAUAAAACUGUCUUCUACUAGCCUCAAAGUGUAGUAAACGCACAACUUGAACCAAGCCCGUUAAUACUUACUUAUCCCAGUCUGAAUGUUAUUCGGCCACUCUUCAGCCGUCAGGCUGAAGAGUGGCCGAACAAAUUCUGUUAGCACCGCGCUGCCCCAUGGCCGGCCAGUUAAGCCAACCCACAGCCCGACUCUACAGUGAACGAAAUGGAAAAAAAGGAAGUGUGAUCGUGGGAACAACACUUAUGUUCGCCCGCCGUUCCGGAUUCCCACAGUGGGCAUCCGGAGCGUUAGGCGACUAAACGUUCCUGUUCCAGCGAUCGCUGUGUGGCGUCUAAAGUAGUGAGUGAACACAGCGUCGCAAUAAUCACGAACCAGUCCCGCCUUGUGAGAGAAGGGGAAAGACCAUUAGAAAUAAUGUAUUCUGUACUGAGGCUCAGUGGUCGUCAGAGGUCCCGACGCGCGCGCGCCUGUUCGUUAGGGUAGUGUGGCCGUGAGUGAAUGAACGUCACAUGAGAGUCAGUCAGUGUCAGCUUGGUCAGUCGAUUGAGUGACGGUGGAGUUUGCGGGUGCCUGUAGUUGGGCGAUCAUCGGGCCUGAAUUUGCUCAUGUUAUGGUGCUCAGGAGCCGUGAUCGCAUGAUUCCUAGCGCGAGAUGGGUGCCAGAGGUGGAAGGCAUACUUUCGCACGAGGCGCUCCAGCAUCUUCAUCUUCCCAGCUGUUUCCCCCAAUGUUGGCAUUCGUUAUAGGUAUGCAUUCCUAAUAACGCCUGCCGGACUCCGAUCUAGCCUAUGUGUUGGUCCAGCGCAUAUACCGCGCGGCCCGUUUUAGGGGCACACACACACACAUCCUGGGUAAGGAUCGGGUGAAGGGCCCCAAACACACACACACACACACACGACCAACCAAAGGUGCCUCUCUUACGGCCGAAGGACCCCGAGCACCUGUGACACACUAAGAAUAUCUGCUAUACUUAUUUAAGUGGGUUUUAGUCCGACACGACUAUUUCGAUUUGAUGUUUCACCGUAGAAGGUUGGGUUAUCUGCUGUAGACAGUCUGGUGCAUUAUCUACAAAUGACCUCAGUUCAGAGAGUUGAGAAGCGAUCGUUGUAGACACUUCAUGUUUGUUUUGUCUAACUGUCCUGCUUAAUUUCGGUUGCUUUAUGUCUAUGCAUUAAAACUUUUGCGCUUCGCACUCUGACCUACCGACACUUGUCCUGCUGCUCUGCUAAGGGAUCCCUUACUUCCCAUAACUUGCCUUGUAUGCAGAAUACGCCUUUUCUCAAUCAUCAUCUCCAACAUGCAAUCAUUUCACAAGUCACUGCUUUAUUGAGUGAGGCUGUGCUUAGUUAAACAGCCUUAGGAUAAGGACGCAGAGGAGCGUCUGAAGGAUUUUCAAAAGUUGGAGAUUUCUCAGAAGUCCAAGAAACCAAAUCCAUCCAGGGUAUGGACCACUGAGCGCCAAAAUAAUAUCUAAGGGCUCGCUACGAAUAGGGAAAGUGUUGUCCAAAUAACUUGUAUUAUCCCCGAAGAGGUCAGAAAUUCAGCAGUUAGAAUUAAUGUUCUCCUAUUUCUUAUAUGGAUGAUUAAACGGAAAAGUGGAUCUAGCUUUGCGAUGGAAGAAAAUGGAAGUUCCCGGUCCCUUAUCUAUUGAAAUGGUCAGAGAAAUUACACUUAAUUGGGGUAUCUCUGAAGAGAACUUCAAAGUCACCAAAGCCGCAGAGGUUUAAAACCAUGAAGUUAUUUAGGGAAGGAAGUGAGCUUCGAAAAUUGAACCUGAUUAUAAGUGACAUUGCAGAAGUUAUAUGAAAUCAUCUCUGCAUAAGCAAAUGGAACGUCUAAAAUACAGAAGAGACCUAUGUGUUCUAUAGAAUUAUGCCCCAUUAUGUUCUAGUAUGGCCGGACGAAGACAUACAGAAUACCUGCAGUAAGACGGAAGUUAGUAAUUCGAGUGACAUUAUUUGUCCGUGAUAUGCCAUGGACUCCUCGAGAAUGCCCCCAGGAUGCUUAGAAGAUCAGCUGAGAUGACUUCUGUAGGAGAAAAAUUGUGUCCAGUGGUCCAUAUUCAACUGAAACGUGUAUGCAUGCACAUGCGAUACCGUGCAAAAUGGUUUAAAGAAAUAUCGAGAUGUCAAAGUACGCGGGGACCUGCGCGUCAUGUGUUGCUUUCGAUUGACGGCGUCCCUGGAUAUUCUAGUGGCAGAUUAGAAAAGAUGGAGAUUGGACACGUUAUUUCUCCGUUAUUAUACACGGGAGAUGGUCUGCUGAUUGAAGUGUCAUCGUCGUUGCAAAUAGGCUCCGCGAGGGUCCAUACUCAAAGGACGUAUUUUUCACCUUCCGACCUCCCAAAUAAAAAAAGAGCGAUAAAAAUGGGUAAAACGUUUAGAUGGGACAUUGCUGUGGUAAAGUUUGAAAAUAUAGCUAAUCUCCACGGCGCGGUGUGGCAUUGCAGAGGGUGCUAUAAUUUAGACUUUUUCCAGAAGCUGAACAUUCCGGGAAUAGCCGAAGGGGAGAAAUUAGAGAUGGACACUUCAUCUUUUGUGUAAAAUUUUCGGGGAAUGGCUGGUGAAGAUGUUGGGGAAUUCGGUAAAAUCGAUGGUGAAAAUUCAGAAAAAAACGUAAUCGAGUCACUCUAGAAGAUACAAUCAGCGUACUGUAUCAGAUUUUGCGGAUCCAGACGUUGCCGUAGGUUAGGCAGAUAAACUUGACCCAAAUGUAAUUAAACCCGCGUCAUCCUAUGGGGCCUAGCAGCUCAGGAGGCUAGAGCGUUAGCUGUACUAAAGCCUUCCCCUUGCUGUCAUGGGUUUGAAUCCCACCGAGACACCGAUUUUUUUCUCAAUAGGGUCAAAAUAAAUUAUUUGAAGUCUGCCAUAACACAUAUGAGAUACAGAUUGUAUCACUGAGGGAGUUUUUAGGGCUUCUGAUGAUUCUGACGAGAAUGUCGACAAGAGAUCUUUGCUUUUGUGCGAUUCAACGACCUGCGUCUUACUGAUAGCUCGACUUGCAGCCCGAUAGUCUCUUGCUUUUAUUUCAAUCUGAAGACAUAUACGAGCCAUGAGAAUGGUACAACACUACUCUUCCACUCCAGUAACAGUCAUGAGCUCGACAGACAUGGUCCUUUGCAAAAACCGUCCGAAAAUGAAACAGCACAUGUCGCGGGUCUUUUAGAAGCGUUCUUCACGAACAUUAUUCCUCAUCCGAAUCAAUUGAGUCACUGCUGAAAAAGCACAGGUAGAAGGAGGAGGAAUAGACCUAAUAGGGUGAUUUAAGUGACUGAACGGCGAACAGACGUUGCAGCUUGUUGCAUGGCCUUGAAAGGAAGGAUUAUGGACUUGCCAAUGGAGCUGCACAAGUAAAAGUUCACAGCCACUCUCUGCAAAGCUCUGAGCUGUCUUGUUCUUUGAGCUCUCUUCCGCGCCCCCACCCUCCACUCCUGCAGCUUUACGCCUUUAUAAAUUAUCUUGGGAAUUUUACAAGUCCUUUCAUUCCUACAAGGUAAUUGACAUAAUCGAGCUCAUUUCCUCGUUUGGAAUCCGAGGCAACGAAGUCAAACUCACCUUUUCUUUCCUAUUGUAGGCGUUUGAACUUCCGUCACCAGAAAUGAUGUUUUGUUUUUGCUAUUAUACGGCGUUGCAAAAUUUCAUUUUCGUUUCUGUUCUAAAUUUCUUUGUUUCACAUGCCAUCCAAAUGCUUUCCAAUCUUGAUUGCGGUCUUUACUACGAUAAUGCUUUAAAACUUCCCUUCUUCGGGACUAAAUUUACUUUGUUCGUUGUUUUGGUGGACAAACAGAUUUUACCUGCCGCACCAGUUUACUAUUAAUUGCUAAGAAACUCCGAAGGGUUGCAAACGGCGUGGACAUCUUCCCAAAUUUAUCCUUUAGUCCAGCUGGCAGCUUUUACGAAUUUUCUGCAGAGGCUUUCGUGAGCAUGUGAUAAGCCGCACUUUCGUAUGUGACCAUGUAUCGUUUGGACUUGCCAUUCAGACAUCUUCCUAUACUAGUUGCGCGAGAGUGAGGAAUUACGGGACAGGAUGGACCGGUUUACCUUGAGGCUACCGCGUCAGAUUAAAAUGUUACAUGUGUGUCGUUAGAUUAGAAAGAGUUGACGACUGUCAGUAACCAGGAUAGGGUUGUUCCAGCCUGCCCGUCUCUGCGGCUAUGUUCAUUUCUCGUGACGAGCGGCUUGUUAACUCGAUUAUAUCUUUCUACUAACACGUUCGCAGUAGCAACAUAUAUUUGAUUUGUUUAUUUUAUGAUUGUGGGGUAGGCACGGGCGAUAAAAAAGGCAGCAAAAAGAAAAGGAAGAUGCCUCCUUCUGGUCCGCAGAUAAGCCAUUUGCAUCUUGCCGAGAAUGGUAUCAACCACAUGGGUCGUGGAGGCAACUUUGCUCCAGUUCGUUGCAUGCAGCUCAUCAAAGAGUAAGCACUUUUAAGUUUUUUUCGACACUACCAAUAUAACUAAACAGAAACUAAGAACUUACAUUUUUUAUUUUUAAAUUGCGCCAGUCGUAGAUGUUGUGUAAAGUUAUUUAUAGUACAGUCGAAAAAACAUGACGUUAGCUAUGCUGUAAAUUAAAAAGUAAUAAGAACUAGGUUGCAGUUUACAGUGACAAAUAUGAUGAGUUAGAAACUGAAUGAUAAAAGCGGCUCACCAUGACCUUUCUGAACACAGUUUCUGACUUUGUGUACAGCUUACUUGUGUGGCACAUGUACUAUACUCUCUCAGUUCUCCUCAAAGGGCAGUUAUCGUGCAACGUUUACUAAGAAAAAUUCUGCUGAUAAAGUGAAUAACUUGGUGUCCGAAUCUGCUCCAGUUUCGGCCAUACUUUCCAUUAUUCAAGCAAGCCUCUCAAAAAUCAAGUAAUACCAACAAAAACAUUUGUCUAUCACUCAUUAACUUUUUGUUUUAAACAUUUAAAAAAGUUCGACCAGACAUUUCAGCCAGUUUACGAUGUCCACCACUGACAUCCGGCUGUUCAGUUCAGAGUUUAGAUUUACAUUAUUAGUCAUCAUCUUGUUUGUGUGAGUUCGCUGUGGGCAAUAAGAAAACUGACUCGAUGGUCGGACUGAUACGUGUUGGGCACUUAGAUCCAACGAUAAAACACCGAGUCAAAGCGCUUAAAAGUCGGUUAUUGGGUAGCAAAAGUGUACAGAUAACUUUAUCGAGCGGAUAUUUGUUAUAUAAAGCCCAACGAUUUCCAUAAAGAAGAAUUCAGCUGCAGUUUAUGAGUACUUUGUCUGCUUAUCACCGACUGCAACCCUUAAAAUAUUCACCGGGCCAACAUCUUUAAAUAAGGUGAAAGUACACACGAGCGGGAAAAAAGUGUACUAAAUGCCAACUGGGUCUGUAUUUUCCGAUUUUAAUAGUUGUUGUUUGAUAAGUGCGUAAUUACUUUUAUAACCAAAUAAAUAUCUGACUUGCCCUUACAUCCUUUUUUUGCUAGGAUCAUAAAGAACUCUAAAGAUCUCCAAGAGAUCGACCUUUUUGGCAACGAAAUUGGUCAAGUUGGUGGCCGAAUACUUCUUGAAGGCGUGUUGGGACGCAUUGACAACCGGCUGCCAAAGAUCGGUCUUCGAGUUAGCCAUCUACUUAACCAAGAUACCUACGACACAAUCUGCAAGCUUGCACCUGGUCCAAAACUCAGGAAAAAGAAGAAUUCGCGCCGCUAA